AAUCCUCCGCAAGCAAUAAAUUAUGGAUUAUGGAUUAUGCAAUAAACUGUCUGCUAUCCGUAGUUAAGGAAAAUUACGAACACAUAACACCGCAUUGGAUAAUUAGUCGCGUAACAUGGAGAACGUUCGAAAUCAAAAUAAAAAUAGAGGCAGUGAUGGGCCGGAAAACGAAUCUAUACAGGAUGUGAAGUUCACCAGACAUGACACAACACAAAAGGAAAUGGAACAAGAGAAGUUAAACAUACGAGAAGAAAAUACUGAUCUGAUCUGUGAAAUUGCAGACUUAUGUAAACGACCGGACAGAACAGGUCCAGAGGUUAUUCUGCUUCUUGGAAGCGUCGGUGUAGGAAAAAGUGCAAUCGUAAACACCAUCAUCAAAGCAAUGACGGGAAAACAUUACCACAAAGCUAAAACUGGUCGCGGGAAUACGGCAUCAAAAACGCUUGCAUUUGAAUGGUUUGGAAACUGUGGAAUUGAGAAGUAUGAGCUGCAAGGUUUACAAAAAGAAGCAUUUUCGGAUUGUCUGAACAUGUUGCCUAACAUAUUUGACGUACCAGGGAUGGGCGAUCACUACUUAAGAGAGAAUAUCGAGUUACUCGAGGCAUUUAUUGAAGGUUACAUUCCUCCUGGAACAUCGGUUAAGUCCUUACAAAAGUUGCAGAAAGAUUACGGUGUAAGUUGUCUAAAGAAAAUUUACCCGAAUAGUAGCAAGGAAUGGGCGGUAACACGAGUUGUGUUUGUUGCAAGUGCCGAUCAAUCUCUUCCGACUGCAUUAGCCGAUAUCGUCCGCCGUUUACUAGAUCCUCACGACCAGGCAACAGGACAUUUCAAAUCAAAUAUUGACCUGUUCGUAGUUAUCACAAAGUGUGAUCUGGUGGAAGGGUUAAAUACUUCUGGUACAACAGGAGCGAACAUGAUUAAACAGGACAAGUUUAAGAAGAUGGAGAAUGAAGUUGCCGAAGUGUUUAGUAUUGGCGGUGCUAUGGAACAAAACAGCAUUCGCUGGCAGAGCUAUGUGGACGGCCGAUGUUUGAACGAUCCGUACAUCGACAACAUUGCUCUCAAGUUCGUGAGGCAGAUGAUGUUACCGAGACGUAAGAGACAUCAGGUGGAGACUGAUAAAUCGGCUUUGCUUACACCACAACAGAGGUUUUUAUUAAAACUGACAUAUGUGGUAAAUGGGAUGGAUCCGUGUCAGAAAUUUGCACUUGUGGCCGUUAUUAUGUUGUCUUUGUUUGUUUAUUUUGUCAUCGCCUAAAAGUCAGGUCAAAAUUCGACGGUAAGAAAACAUUAAAGUUAGUAGUCCAAAUGGUCGAGAGUAAUUUUCCUUCUUUUUCAAGUAAAGUUGCGUGUCCGAAAUGUCUACAGAUAGACGCUCAUUCACUACUGUGUAGGCUCAUCGUCAUUUAGCGUUCAUCUAAGUUACGCUGAUUGAAAUCAAUCUCCAAGCAGUGGUGUCGUUCCAUGCUCUCACAUACUAUCUCUGUUAUCACAAGAUCUGAAAUGAUUGUUUAAGCAUUAUAUUAUGAAAAGUAGUACCAUAUUAUUUUAUAUUAUGAAAAAAUUGAAUAAGAUUAGGUUAAUAAAAAAAAAUAAUUACCUUAAUUGAAAAAAAAAACCUUUAAAAUAGAAACAUUAUUGUACCACGUGUCCCUGCCUUCAUCACGUAGUUUGUUAUAAAGGCAGAGAUUUGAUCGAGCUAUGCUGGUUCCAGUCAAAUUUCUGCGUUGAGGCUGUGAAGAGUAUUUAAGGUUGAUCUCGCCAGACGCAUAAACUAAAAUAGCCGAAAGAUCAUUGUUUAUAUUGCUAAUAAUGAUUAGGCUCGCAAUAUAUAACUUUUAAACAAAACAACAACAAUGCAAUAUCGAAGACCAUCGUAUGAAUGUGGUUUACUUUAAUUACAAAACGAGGCUAAACUACAGUUGUAACCUCAACGAAGACGGAUCAUAUUUGGAAGAUCAAUUUGAUAAAUUUAAAGUGUUAUUAUGAUAAAAAAUCAUCUUCAGCGACCAUACUAAACGAAAAAUAAGUCAACAUAAAGUGUUGUAAAAUUUAUAUUUCCUCUGUUUAACUAGUUUAAUUCUACGAUUGAAUACGAUAUUCCAGUUUUUUCUUUUUAUUUAGAUAGUAAAUUUCAUUAAUAUUAUGAUUGACUAAACUCGCGUAAACUUAUGUAAAGAGACAAACUUUAGUGGAGACAUUUUUAGCAGGCCAAACUCCUGACCAAAAGAAAGAUUUUCAGACCUCUGGUAACACGGCGAUAUUAGUUUUUGAAGAAAGAUAGCCUCUGAUUAAGAGGCCGAAAAGUAUCUGUUUCCUACAUAGAAUCAGUGUUAGUUUGGAAAUGACAUUGCAUUUACUUGAUUAAGAUAAGUGUGUAAUAAUUGUGAUACUAUAAGAUAAAAAUUAAUGAAUGCUAUUGCAUGCUAUUUAUUCAAGCCCGCUUUUCAAGAUCAUACCAGAACUUGGGAAAAUUUACAUCGAUAUUGACCGUGAUGAUGACUUUGAAGAUCUAGUGUUACCGAAUUGUCAGAACUGAAUGCAGUGAAUUAAACAUAAUCCAAUUUUAAAAUGCGUUGUUUAACGUUCUUUUAAUCCAUAAAAAGGAAAAUUUGCUGCAAACGUAUUAUUUAAGUUCUGGUUGUACUAAGGAUGUUUUUAUUGAAUUAAACAUUCGACAAUGAAUGUAUUUAUGUUUUUCUUUAUAUUUAUGAAUGCGUAUUCGACAUACGUGAAGUAAGAAUGUUGUCAAGUGGUACUUGCCUAUUUUGCAUCACAAUAUCAGCUACAUGUGUCCAUGUCAUCAAAUGUUUGUCAAUAUGAGUUGCAUUUCAAUGUGUGAGCUUCAUUUGUGGAUACCAUUAUGAAUUUGUGUUUAAUUAAGUUACUCAAAUGCUUUAAUUAUACCUGUUUUGAGUUUAAACUCAUGCUUGCCAAUAUUUUUCAAAGUCAUAUAUUAUUUCGUAUGUCUUUUUAAUACACAUACA